CACGGGUCUGUGCUGAGAGAACGAGACGGGGAGAGGAGUUAAAGAGUUCUGCGUCCCCCAGUACUUACAGAAAACAGGCUAAGACGGCUUGGCACAUGUCUACCACUACAAUAGUCACAGCAGCGGUGAUCAGUUGUGGCCGGAAUAGCCCAGUGGGCAGAAGGAAUUACCCCACGUGCGCUGGCUGCCUUAGUAGUGCUGUGGCCAGGAGACAUUGUCUCAGGGGCGGGCACGAUACUUUAGCGCCGUGUACAUGAACCUCGACCGUAGGUGUGUUGUACGGCAGUGAACUGCAUCCCCACGUGCUCUUAAGUGUCAGAUGGCGGAUACGGGCGACUGCAUCGUGGAAGAGUGGCUUCGUUCACUCGGUCUCGUCAUCUACACGCAAUCUUUUCUCGACAAUGGUUAUGACGAUUUGGAAAUAUGCAAACAAAUCGGUGAGCCCGAUUUGGACGCGAUCGGAGUGAUCCGACCCGAGCAGAGAGCGAUUUUGUUACAGGCCGUGCGUAUCCUAAAGGAAGAAGGCGGGACCGCCGUGUACUUUACCCUCGAAGACGGCAAGUCGCACGAGAAUUUCACGGAUGGGGACGACGACUCUGUGUUUGCAGACGUCGGGUCGUUUACAAGUCCUCCCCCCUCCCCUGUGAAACAGAAGCGUGUUGGAAUAGUGCAGCGACUGUCACAAGCACAGCGCCUAGAAACGCAAGAAGAGGGCAAAUGUGCCCUGCUCAUUUACCCCAAAGUUCAAUUAAAAUUACUGCUAAGGGAUAAACUAUUAGAAGAUGGUAUCAACUUGGCAGCUUGCCCCUAUACCGGGCCGGAGGGUCAGGCAGGGAAGAGCAGCCUGGAAGUAUUGGCCUUGCAGUAUGGGAGUGAUCUUAGUACACACAUACAGGAUGUCUAUGACAGAUUGGAGGAACUCCGAUACACCUGGACUUUGGCCCAGGACUCUGACUCGCCAAAAUCUCUGUCAAGCCCAGUCCGAAAUAUUCACAUGAGCCCCAUAUAUGGAAGUCACACAGGAAAAGCCACACCCCCUCCCCUGCCAACAUGUCCUCCGCCAAGUUCCAGUUACACAGACAAUAUUUAUGGAGGCAGCAUCCAGAAGUAUCUGUAUGAUGCACAGAUAAGGUCGGAUAUUCAGCCAUCACCAGGGAAUUAUGUCUCUAUAGAUUCCUCAGGCAUGUGUUGCAUAUUUCCAAGAAAGAUCAAAGGUCCAGCUGGUGACAAAAGCUUGCUGGAGUCCGGAACACUCAAGAAAAAAGGGUGGUUUUCCAGAAACAACACAGUGCGGAGGUCACAGAAGAAAGCCGGAUACAAAAUGCACAGAGGUGACCUGAAUGCUAGUGAGAUCACCAUGGGUGAUGAGGACAGGAUAGCUCUCAUGUUAAUGGUCAAGGACGGCACAAUAUCCACAGAGACUGCCGUGGAAGUCGUGAAGCGUUUUGAAGCUGACAAGAAAUUAGAGACUUCAAGUCAACAAGGUGAUCCCUAUGGGGUGAAUGCCAAAGGUGAGACCAAAGACAACAAUAAGACCCUGAAGGGCAAAAAGAAGAAAGAUAACAAAUCAGGCAAAUCUCAACCAGGAAAUCCUACAGACUCGGCAGGGAAGUGCGAGGCAUGUCUGCGCGGCCUCCCUCAUGACUACGAGUUGCCUGUGAAUCGUAACUCCAGCGGCAGUACAACAGGCUGCGGUCACAACCCUCACUACCUUCGCUAUCACAGCAUCAGUCAGAUGGAACACAAUAUCAUCCCUCAUUCACCUGAGAUAGCCAGAGCCAUGUCCUGCUCCCCUAGCAGCAGGUCGUACGCGGGUCACCCAUCUAACACAGCCUCCCCAAUAAACCACUACCCGACGUCAGUUCCCGCAUGGCUUUACUCCCCUUCCCAUCUACGUUACGCCCCACAGUCCCCUGCUCAGAUCUACAGUCUCCAGGAACACUGCUCAACCCCAGAGAGGCUCAAGACGAAACCCUGCGGCAAAGUCAAAGCCAUGCUUCAGCGCACAUCUUCAAAGUCGUCCAUUGUGUCCUCGGAGUCAGACGCGUCCCUGGACUGCACGGGACUGACGCGGCCCUACCCAACAGAUGUGAUUGUCACACGGAAUGGGGAUAUGUCAUACGCUAGCACCAACUCCACGGUGUCUGUGAGUUCAGAUUCUUCUCCAGCCAUGACCACCUUCAGAUGUGGCAAAAACAAACCCAGAAACUGCUCUACUGUAGAAGAGGUGGAUUCUGGGAGUAGUGCCGUCAAAUCAGGGAGCUCUUUGGACAGUCUGGACAGUGGCUCAAACCUGAAGACUAAUACAGUCUCCAGGCAGAAGGUUCCUCCUAUCCACCUUCCCCAGGGCCCCUUCUUGGGGUUUGCCAGGGCCGUCCGUGGCUACUCCCCUAGAGUGGAGGAAAGGGACAUGCUCCAACUCAAGUCAGGGGACAUUAUCCAAGUGUUGACUAUCACUCAGUCGGGUUUGUGUCGAGGUGUGUUAGACAGUCGCGUGGGUUCAUUCCGCUAUUCCCAUGUGGAGAUGAUCACAGACAAAACACUGCGCAGUCCCAAGAAAGAGAAAGGCUCCAGACGACGAAAUUCUAAAAGGCCCAAACCCAAAACUGUGGAAGAGCUGCUGAAGAGAAUCGGAUUAGAGCACCUGAGUGCAGUGUUUCUGCUGAAUGGUUACGAUCACCUGGAAACGUUCGUGGACAUUGUUGAAGAUGAUUUGAACGAGCUGAACAUCCAUGACCCAGAACAACGAGCUAAGCUGCUCACUGCGGCAGAACUUCUUAUAGACUAUGACUCCCCAGAUGCGUCAGAUGGUGCUACUCGAAGUGAUGCCUCCUGCCCUACCCCGUCUGACACCCCAUCCAGCCUGUCCCCAGCUACGGUGUCCUCACUGUCCCAGGCCACGGUACCUUCACAGCCUGCUUCUAGAGACUCUGGAUGUUAUGACAGCAAUGACAACCUACCUCACAAGGACAAUUCCUGUAAGAAAAGUACAACUCUACUGAGCCGUGUGGCCUGCUGUAGAUUGGCCGGUGAGACGAAGCCUGGGGAAGGCAAGCAGCCAAGCCAGAUGAAAGGGUCAAGAGAAGAAAGGGAUUUCACAGAAGAAGAUAAAGAAGUUUGUGCCAUAACGUCAGGCUGUGCUCAGACGGCCAAUGGGGAACAGUCGCCAUGUGCCAACAAGAGCAAUCGCCGGCAACGCGUCGCAACUGCCGAUGCCUCCACAAACAUUGUCACAGUGAACACGUCUGGACAAGAUGUGAAGAAACAUUCAAAACAAAGCCUAAAUGUAGGCUCUACGAACAAUGGCCAAGCGGCAUUUUCUGACAUCUCAGAGAGCACAUCCAGUGACCUUUCAGAUACGUCGCCCAAGAAAAAACCCAAACCAGUGCCGGCAUCUAGAGUUUCCAACGAGAGCAAUACAGUUGGUCAUUCCCAACAAGUGGACAAUUCUAAGAAACUGUGCAACGGUUCACUUAAGUCUACCUCAUCUUCGGGCACAUUAAAAAAAGAUGGCGGAAGUAGUACUGCUGAGAACACUCGUGCACAAGCAGGUGGAGGUUCGGAAGGCAAAGUUACCAAUGACAAUCAGGCCGACCAGGCCAAGAGGCCGUAUGACAUCCGUCUCUUGACGAUGCAUGAUUUCCUCUCCAGCAUCGGUCUGCCAAAUUACACGGACACCUUCACGGUUCAGGGAGUCUCGUCUGUGGCUCAGGUCCUCUAUUUCAAAGAGCCAGAACUACGCAAAAUAGGAAUCACGGAAGCCAAACAUUUGAAAAAAAUUCUGCACGCUUUUGAUUGGCUGAUUCAGAAAACGAAAUUCCCUUCGCCAACACGUUUACAAAAGGUUCCUGUGCUGCAGGACAGAGUUUAGUUACCUGAAACAAUUGACUUGGUUCUUGAAAGUUUUGGUCAGACGUUUUGUGCCCGAACGACAACCCAGUGUUUCUAGUCUUCCCUAGAUAUGUAUAUAGAUAUACCUACAGGUUUAAUAAUAUGACUCCAUGGUCAUUCAUAAUGUGUAGAAAAUUCAGACUUGAGAUGGAUGUCAACCAGAUACUUUGAUGACUGUGUUGGUAAAGUUGGGACAGCGUAUUGUGGAAUGUAGUAUGAUUAGUUGUGGUUUUGGCAGGGGUUGUUAGAGGAAACUGGAAAGUCUCAAACUCAGAUUCCUCGGUGACAGGUGAGCGAUUUUCCAUACUCAACCCUCUUCCUUUGAGGUCCAUAUAUCUACCUCCCAGUGGGCUGUUUAAUGCCGCCCUCAAUAAUUUCAAAGCGUUGCGAGCAAACCAUGCAUACGAUCAGGACAAAUAUUAUCCGGUCGUGGUUUUUCAUUUUACCCAAAUGCAUUUUAUAACUGAAUUAUGUACUUAAGCUUUAUCGCUUUUCGAAUAGGUUGAAAUCAUUAUGAGGCCUUUUCAGUUGGUGCCACACAAAAAUGGUUUAUAUUUCAGAGAAUUUAACUGAAGAUAUAUACCAUAUAUGCUCAAAAAGCAUCUUGCCAUGUCUCCAUGACAACCAAACACUGGUACCUUGCAGAGGUAACCUGCUCAGAACGCCUUGUGGCUCAGGCGGAAUGGUCACUUGUGGUCGACUGCUGCUGAGAUUGUAACAUUAUAAACAAUCCCCCUGGAGUAUUCCUGUAAUGUUAUAUCUUACAGGAAUCACCCUUGGAGAGAACAACUUUCUUUGGAACGAAUGACGAACGGCGCCAUUGCUUUGCUGUUUUAACUGUGCGAAUGUCAAAUCUGUUAUACAGGGUGGGGAAGGUGACGGAAAGUGGUACAAAAUCACUGGACAAUUUCCAACACGCUAUAAGUUCCUUUAACAGAAAAAAACCAUGCUUUAUCAUAGUUGCAAUAUAUCUGCCUCCCUAUAGUAUAUGCGUCUAUGUUUUUAGCUGCGACGAACAGAUAUAGAAGUCACUCUGUUGAUCAAACUUUUUACAUCCUAUCUUUUAGCUUCGGCCUUUCGCUUAACAAAGGGCUGGAAUACAGGACGACUUCCUUCUUGUACUAUGUCGCGGUUAUUGCGAAUGUGCACUUUUACGGAAAGUCUUGAUGGGCUAAAUAACAGAAGACAGGGUGUGCACAGAUGGUCGUAUCAGAGGUUGCAAAUGGUCUUUCAAUGGAACUAAGUUAAUAACAGUGUUUCUAUUAGAGGAUAAAUUUAGGAGACACGUUUUUCAUCGACCAUGUGGAGAUAGAAGAUUGUUGUUCACCUUAGCUUUUGCUAUGAGCAGUCCAUACAUAAAGUAAAAUUUCACAUUGAAAUGGUUCUUUAUAAAAUAUUGUUAAGUCGUGGCUAGAUAUACAUGCUCUAGUUCAUUGGUCUUAACACAAAUCAAAAUGUGUAUGCUGCUAGAGGUCACCUUUAUAACGCUACAAACUGACGGUGUUCUUUUACCUAAUCCUAACGUUUGCUGACGAACAAUUUUGGCAUUCAAGGACUUUAAGUUCUUACUGAUACAUAGCAGCCGAAGGCACAUGGCAUGAAAUGUUGUGAACCACGUAAACGCUCACGUGAAACUCAAGAUUUAUUCUCAUUUUCAUAGAAGUAUUACGCAUAUUUUUUCUGCGCAAACAAGACCCGAAGUUUUGAUUUCUCCGAUUUACCGAAAGGUUGUCCAUACUUUUGUCUGUGACUAGAAGUGAGGUAGAACGAUUGUGAGUGCGUUUCCGCUUUGCCUGUGCGCAUGAUUAGAAAGGUUCAAAGGGUAAGGUUUGAUAUGCUUUGCUUUAUACUGUAAAAUGCUGUGAGAUAUAUAGUUAAGCCGCUUUCUUACGGGAAGCAUAAUCCUGCGAAAGAGAUGUGAUGAGUGUUCGUUUUUAAAGAUUUUAAGUUAAUUAUUUUGUUGGAUUUUUUUUUUCAAGUUUGUUCUGUUUUCUAUAUUGAAGUUCCUGUAUAUUGUAUUGACGAAGUACUGUUGGUACGUAUGACAGAAGAUGUGUAUUAUAUUCUUGGUGAUUUCAUUGGGCUUUGUAUCGCGCGAAUACGGCCACGAGAAAACACGAGAUUAUCUCUGUACAUAAUUCUUCCAUAUCUAUACAGGCAAGGCGUGCCUAUCUGUGAUUGCA